CGAGUCGGCUCUCUGGUUAUUGGGUCUGUGCUAUAUAUUAUAUACACCCAUAUAGACGUGAUACUGUAAGACCCAUCAAGGUCAUCAAAAAAAUAAAGAAGGGACAAAAAAGGCACGAUACGAAUCGUCUCCUCGAUGGAUUGAUCCGAUGAGAUCAUGUCGAUGUCGGCGCUUGUGUCAUCCCUCCGCGCUGCCGGCCGACACCACCUCUCCGCCGGCACCUUCAUCGUGAGGCCGGUGACGGGCUCCUACCUGUAUAGGAUCGAGCAGUUCAAGCAAAUCAAGAAGAUGCUUGGAAACGGCGCGAAGAUCGAAUCAGACACGUUCCGAGUCGGUGGCCACGACUGGCGUAUCAGGUGCUACCCGAACGGCAAAGAGGGAUACGAGGGCUUCAUCAGCCUAUACCUCGAGCACGCCAGCCUUGACCGCACCGGUGACGCCACAGCGGAUUUCCGCAUGAGCAUCCUUGACCACACCGGGAAGCCAUUGUGGACCGAAGGUCAUGCCCAAUUGUCGGAAGAAAUCGAUGAUGAGAGCGAAGGUGAUGCUCAAACCUUCUCGAUCGGCAAACGUACCAGGUGGGGCUGGAGUGAUUUCAUGAAGGUUGAUGACCUGGACGACAAGGAGCACCUCAAGGACGGAUCUCUGAUAAUCGUUUGUGACAUCACCGUCCUUGACAUGCGCUCCAUCGAGUACCGUGACGGGAUGGCAUCCACGACUACAAUGGAGGUCCCCUCAGAGUCCAAAGAGGAGGCUGACCCUGACAUGGAGAUAGAGGUCGGCGGGGUGACCUUCCCGGCGAACAGGUCGAUGCUCACUGCCCGGUCUCCUGUCUUCAAGGAGGAAUUGGUGCCAACAAAGAUACACAUCGACGGAAUUGACGCCGACGUGUUCAAGGCCCUGCUCCACUUCAUCUACACGGACAGGCUGCCGCAAGAGAUGGAGGAGCAAGAGACGCUUGCCAAGAUAGUGAAGCCGCUGCUCGUGGCGGCGGACAGGUACAAGCUGGAGAAGAUGAAGCAGGUCUGCGAGGAGGCGUUGUGCGGGCAAAUUAGUAUGGAAUCCGUGACCGCCACACUGGCGUUCGCGGAGCAGCAUUGUUGCAGCAUGCUGAAGGAGGCUUGCACGCAAUUUCUCGCUGACUUCUCAUUCUAAUCCAAUCUAGAAGCGACCAACCCGUUUGACGGUGCAACUUGUCAUGAAGCACUACAUCUCCUUCGCUUGCUCUUAUAUAGUCUCAGUUUAAGUCGUAAUGUUUGAGAACAUAUGUUUUGCGUGAACCUGGUUUGCUUAGUUGCUCGUCUGCUCGUUCCACCAA